UUAUCGAUAAUCACGCUGGUGAGCGCCACACUUUGCGUUUUUUUGCGAAAUAAAUUUUAAGAAAGUCUGCCUGAGAUACAAAUCAAAAUGGGUGAUAAACUGCUGGACACUUCCCAAAUCAUCAAUGGAAUGGCUGUGAUGAUAUCUUUUUUCGUGGGCUACCGCUACGCCAUCAAGCGCGGCGAGUCCAAGGAGACGGACGAAGGAGCAGCGGCUGCGACCGGCAGCACAACCAGGCAGGAAGCUGCUGUGUCCGACAGGAACUAUGGCGGCAUCAACGAGAACUUCAAAAUGGUUCUGGUCGUGCGGAACGACCUGAAGAUGGGCAAGGGCAAGAUUGCCGCACAAUGUGGCCACGGAGCGGUGGGCGCCUACCAGAACGCUGUGACGCGGAUACCGCGUCUGUUGCGCGCCUGGGAGAACUGCGGUUGUGCCAAAAUCGCCGUGCGCGUGGAGAGCGAAGCAGAGCUGAUGGCCAUCAAGAAGGCUGCAGAACGGCACCAGCUGAACACGUGCCUUAUACGCGACGCUGGUCGCACCCAGAUCGAGCCAAACUCCAAGACCGUGCUGGCCGUGGGCCCAGCUGCGGCAGCCGAUAUCGAUCGUGUCACUGGGCACCUGAAGCUCUUGUAGAGAGCCGCACCACCGCAUUGGAAUACUCGCAGGCCAUAGAGAACACACUACACCCACACCACAUACUUAUGUACGCGCACCUCAAAAAAAAAAAAAAACCACU